GAAUAAACUGUUUGUUGCUGUAUAGCCGGCUGCAAAUCAUCCGCGCACAAUAGUGAGCAGCCUGGAGUUGGGGAGGGGCAUGUUUGAUAACCAUACCUGCAGCUGAGGCAGCGGGCGACCGCAACCGAACCGCACACCCCAGGCGCCGGUCACCGAAGAAGCCAUAGGUGGCCGACCGACGCGCCGGGCUGUCACAACAGAUCAGCUCCGCACCAGCGGACAGCGCACGGGUCAGGGACCGGCGUCGGAGCACAGCUCAAGCGGGUCAAUCAGCACCGGAGAAAGCCAGACGGUGUCUUCCAGAAGUCGCUUGCUCCAGGAUGGGAGAGCGGACACGGCUGCGACUGGUGUUUUUGCCGUCCGUGGCCCGCGAUGGUGCCGGCGAACGUGCUACGGCUAGUCCCCAGGAGCGCCACCUCAGCGCCGGCUGGAGAGAGGAGCUCUCCGGGUCGCUGGAGCCCGCCACGCCCACCACGCCCAAGGAGACCACGGCACCCUGGAAUGGUUCAGGUGAAUAUCCCCGUCCGAGAGGACUGAGCAGCGCCCCGUACAAACUGCUCGUGCUGGGGGACGCGGGCGUGGGAAAGUCUGCUAUCGUGACCCGGUACGUUGCUGACAAAUACCAGCCGGACCGCGAGGCCACGGUCGGAGUGCGAACAUCGACCAAGACCGGGGUGCAGCUGGAGGAAGGCGUCUUCAACGUCCAGAUCACAGAGCUUAGCGCCGAGAGAUCGUUCCAGGGGCUGGCGGAUGCGUUUUACAAGGAUGCUCACGGCUGUGUGGUGGUGUUUGACCUGGGGCAGCGACGCUCGCUGCGCGGCGCUCUCCGCUGGAAGCGUCACAUCGACCGUCUGUGCAGCCUGCCGGACGAGCAACGUUUCCCGAGCCUCUUGCUCGCUAACAAGUGUGACGUCACUGGAGGCCGUGACGUCACCCAGUGGGAGGUGGAGGACGUGGUCAAACAGGCCGAUUUCCUCACCUGGAUCGAGGUCUCGGCCAAGUACAACUUCAUGGUGAAUGAAGCCAUCGGGUACCUGCUGCGGGUCGUGCUGUCGCGAGCAGGUCCGCCUGGCGUCGACAGCUCCGUGCACCUUACAGACCCGGAUGAUGAGCCGCCACCAUCGCGCUCCUGCUGCGGCGCUGGCGCAGGGUCACAAACAAGGUCGAGGUCAAACGAGAGCCUCCUGGCGUCACGAGGCUCGUCAGAUCAACGCAAGGAGCUUUAAUGUCCUUUCUCAAGCGCCUAGGCCAACGGUCUUGGCUCCUGGACGCUUAGGUGCGAAGCCAGAAAAAAAAAAUUAAUGAAAAAUACGCGUGCAUCGUGGGGGUGUUAAGUUUGCAAUGCAUAUACCAAACUCAAGGCUACUUCUCAGUCCUGUAGCUGAGAAGAAUGUGCGGCCAUGUCAUGGUGGAACUCUGUAUUGUGCAAAUUGCAACUGACACAUGAGCUGUGUCAGUGUGGAUUGCGAUUGAUUGCAAAGGAGUCUAAACGCCUGAUUCAACAUGCCUCUGCAAAUAAUGAAGGGAAGUGCAAACACAAACAUAAAUAAAUACCUACUUA